CUUUCCCUCUCAAUUUUUUCCCACUCUUCCUCCACCGCAUAACCACCUUUCUCCGCACCGCUCCUCGCCGGAACCUCCAAUGUCAAACAAUUAAAACCCUAAACUAUAACCACCGCAACCAUGAGAGUGUCAUCUCCCGCUGCCUCGUCUUCGCCCUCGCCGCGGCAUCCGCCAACCACCCCACAGCAUUCCACUGACCGCAUCUCCACCACCGGCUACCGCGAUGCAGAGUCGCUGUUCCGGACAAAGCCGAUCGCCGAGAUCCGUAACGCGGAGUUGGCGACGCGGAAGCUGAUCGAGGACAAGAAGGAGGAGCUCCGGCAGCUGGUUGGGAACCGCUACCGUGACCUCAUCGACUCCGCCGACUCAAUCGUCCACAUGAAGGCUUCGUGCAACUCAAUCUCCGCCAACAUCUCCGAGAUCCACGGCCGCAUCAAUUCCCUCUCCGCUUCCUCCUCCAUUUCCCAAACCAACAGUUCCCAAACCAAGCUCCACUCCCAGUCCCGAGCCUGGACCUACGGCGUGGCGUGCCGCGUCAAGUAUCUCGUCGACACGCCGGAGAAUAUUUGGGGAUGCCUCGACGAAGGGAUGUUCCUGGAGGCCGCGUCGCGAUACGUGCGUGCCAAGCACGUGCACCACCGAUUAUUCUCGGCCGAGGACGAUGGGGGUGUUGGCGGUGGCGAGCAGAAGAACAAGAUCUUGUCAAAUUUCCCGCUUCUGCAGCACCAGUGGCAGAUUGUGGAGAGCUUCCGGGCGCAGAUCUCACAGCGGAGCCGUGACAGGUUGCUGGAUCGCGGACUUGCCAUUGCCGCUUAUGCCGAUGCGCUGGCCGCCGUGGCCGUCAUUGACGAACUCGAGCCUAAGCAGGUCUUGAGCUUGUUUCUGGAAUCAAGGAAGUCUUGGAUAUCGCAUGUUUUGGGUAAUGCUGGUGCUGGUGAUGCUUCCUCUUUGGUGGUUUCUGUCUUGUGUGAUGUAUUAGGUAUAAUUCAGGUCAGUGUGGGUCAGGUUGGUGAGUUGUUUCUGCAAGUGUUGAAUGAUAUGCCCCUUUUCUACAAAGUCAUUCUUGGAUCUCCUCCAGCAUCACAAUUGUUUGGUGGGAUUCCCAAUCCAGAAGAGGAAGUUAGGCUUUGGAAUUCUUUCCGAGAUAAAUUAGAAUCAAACAUGGUAAUGCUUGAUAAACGUUACAUUGCUGAUACUUGUUUUACUUGGUUAAGGGAAUGCGUAAACAAGAUAAGUGGAAGGAAUUUGGUUGAUGCCAUUGGUACUGGCCGGGAUCUAGCUUCUGCUGAGAAAUCAAUAAGGGAGACAAUGGAAAGUAAACAAGUUCUUGAAGGCAGUCUAGAAUGGCUCAAGAGUGUCUUUGGGUCUGAGGUUGAGUUACCUUGGAGUAGGAUUCGGGAACUUGUUUUGGAAGAUGAUUCAGAUCUUUGGGAUGAAAUAUUUGAGGAAGCUUUUCUUGGCAGGAUGAAAGCAAUAAUUGACUUGAGAUUUAGGGAGUUAACUGGUACUGUUGAUGUGAUGAGCUCGAUUUCAUCAUUAGGGGACACUUUUGCCAAGCUGAAUGAUGUUCAGGUUUACUUGAACAGACCUUCUAUGGCUGGUGGAGUUUGGUUUCUAGAAUCCAAUUCUAGAAAAACAGGAGCUGCUUCUUCUGUGUUUAAAGUCCAGCCUGAGGAAAAUGAAUUUCAGACUUGUCUUAAUGCCUAUUUUGGUCCUGAAGUAAGUCGAAUCAGGGAUGCAGUGGAUGUUUCUUGUCAGAGCAUUCUUGAAGAUCUUUUAAGUUUCUUAGAAUCUCCAAAGGCCUCUAGAAGAUUGAAGGAUCUUGCACCUUAUCUACAAAGCAGAUGUUAUGACAGUGUCUCUGCUAUAUUGAUGGCACUGAAAAAAGAGCUUGAUAGUUUAUAUGCCUCUAUGGAAAAUGGCGUCAAGGAGAUUCCAACAACUGUCACUGUUGAAAAAUCACUUUUCAUUGGACGAUUGUUGUUUGCAUUUCAGAACCAUUCGAAGCAUAUACCCUUGAUACUUGGUUCUCCCAGAUUUUGGAUCAGUGGGACUGCAUCUGCUGUUGGGAAAGUCCCUUCUCUGGUGAAACAUUCUAGAUUUGGAUCCGAGCCUUCAGGCUCUGAUAGUCCAGGAAGACAAACAAGCCUUGGCUCUAAAAGGCAAACUUCAUCUGCUGCAGCUGCCUUGCUUGGAGCAAGAGAAGGUACCACACAUGAAUUGGAAGAACUCAAUAGAACUAUAGGGGAUCUUUGCAUUAGAGCUUACAACUUAUGGAUAUUAUGGCUAUCUGAUGAACUUUCUGCCAUUGUCUCACGAGAUCUCAAACAGGAUGAUGCUUUAUCUUUGAGUACACCCUGGAGGGGCUGGGAGGAUACGAUAGUCAAGCAAGAUCAGUCUGAUGAGAACCAAUCAGAUAUGAAAAUAUCUCUUCCAUCUAUGCCUUCUCUGUAUAUCAUUUCAUUUCUAUUUAGAGCUUGUGAAGAAGUUCAUAGAGUUGGAGGUCAUGUACUUGAUAAGAAGAUUUUGCAGAAACUUGCAUCAAGACUAUUGGAUAAGGUGAUUGGUGUCUUUGAGGAGUUCCUUUCUUCUCAAGAUAGUGGUGCUCAUCAAUUGUCAGAAAAAGGAGUCUUGCAAGUUUUGUUAGAUGUAAAAUUUGCCACUGAUAUACUGUCUGGUGGUGAUUCAAAUGUGGUUGGGGAAUUACAUAGCAACGCAAAGGCAAAAGUAUCUGUCAGGAGGAAGCAGGACCAAAGUUCGAAGACCUCAGCCAUUAGGGAACAUUCAGAUCAGUUAUUAAACCGCCUUUCUCAGAGGCUUGAUCCUAUUGACUGGCUUACGUAUCAACCAUAUCUAUGGGAGAAUGAGCGGCAGUCAUAUUUGCGACAUGCUGUGCUGUUUGGUUUCUUUGUGCAACUUAACCGGAAGUACACUGACACUGUUCAGAAACUGCCCACUAAUUCCGAGUCUAAUAUUCUUAGGUGUUCUACAGUUCCCCGUUUCAAGUACCUCCCCAUCAGUGCUCCAGCAUUGUCCUCUAGAGGGACAAAGAAGACAUUCACUCCAUCGUCAAAUGAAAUCUCUUCAAGAAGUUCGUGGAACUCUCUUACCAAUGGAGAACUUCAUCAGAAUAUAAAUUUGGAUGACAACUCAAGUCGCGGGGUGGCGACACCAUUCCUGAAGUCUUUCAUGCAAGUUGGAAGCAGGUUUGGGGAGAGUACGUUUAAAUUGGGAUCCAUACUAACCGACGGGCAAGUCGGCAUUUUCAAGGAUAGAUCUGCUAUGUCUUCGUUUGGAGACAUGCUACCUGCUCAAGCUGCAGGUCUUCUUUCAUCUUUCACAGCUCCCAGAUCAGAUUCUUGAUGAGCGCCAGACCGAAAGAUACGUACUUGCGCAUUUGCAAGAGUCUCAUUGUUGUAUGAGUAUGAAUGAUUAUCUCCCCAAAUCACCCCCACUUGCCAUACCACCAUUAAAAUUAGAGAAACAAAAGAAUCAUAUUUAGCAACUAUCUGAAGUAAAUGGAACAAUAUGCUCUGGGGAAUGAGGUUCUUUAAUGUUGACUUCUGGGGUCUACAUCAUUUGGCGUGAAAUCGGCUAUGAGUGAUAUGUUAUAUGAAUGCCCAAACUUUAAAGCAUGAAGGAACUAAACAACGGAUUGAAGAGCAAAGAAAAGAGUUGCUGGCAAGUUUUGUGUUACUAUUGGGUUCAAAGGAAAGCUGAAAUGGUUUCUUGCUAGUGUCAGUUAAGAGUUGAGAGCUGUUAUAACUCGUGGCUAAUGUCUUGCGUUGUUCCGAUUUUUAGGCCAUGUCUAUAAUCUCUGUAUAAAUUCAAUCAUUAUUUUCUGUUAAAUUUUUGUUUUUUAUUUUUUAUUUUGAAAAAAGAAGGUUCCCAUUACAGUGUACUAUGUAUUUUAAAUGCUUAUUCAAUGAAGUAAAAUUCGUACGUAUAA